AAUUAGGAUAAUUUGUGAUUAAAAAAUGUAUAGAUUAAAUUAAAUAGAAUUAAUACAAGUAAAAUAAUAAAUAAAAACAAGACAAAUGUUUUUAAAAUUCAGCCAUUUUGUCAUACAGAAAAUAGAUACAGAAGUGUUGUGCAUUGUACUUUUGUAAAAUUAGACACAAGCUAAUACAGUGUUAACCUCUAUGAGACUCGUUAACCAAAUUCAUACAUAAAUAUAUAAAUUGGAUUUGAUAUUUUUUAUUAUUUAAAUAACGUGUAAGAGUUUCUAGAAAGUAUUAAUAUAUAAUUCCAACGUCAUCAAAAAAAAAAAUGCUGGUAACUUGAAAGUACAUUUUUCAUUACUAUUUUCUUAACCUUUUAAGAGAUAUUAGUAUAGGACAGUUAUGUCACAAUGAUAAUUAACUAGUUUUCAAUAAAAAAUAUGCGUUAACUACACAAAAAAAUAUAUAUCUAGCAAGCUUAUGAUGUUUAUAAAGAUGACUAUUUCAUUUUAAAUAUUUUUCCUGAGCUUGUUUUAUCAUUUAUUGAACUAAAAUAUCUUGGAGUACAUGAAAAUACAGAUAAUUUAUUAUUUAUAAAAAGAAUUUCAUUGAUCAUUAAAAUGCUGAAUUUGUCAAUGAAUAAUUUAAUUAACAUUAAUUCAGAAGGAAUAUUGGUGGGAGAUGUUUCGAAGUGUCAAGUAAAUAAUGAGUCCUCACACGUGUAAUAAUUGUUUACAUACAAUUAUGGCAUCAAAUGGAUAUUCAACAACUACCAACAAGCAAAAUAAUGGCUUGGAUGUGCCACCCUGUGAGUCUGUGAAUUCAAUGCCCUGGUUUGGAAUGGAUAUUGGUGGAACUUUAUGUAAAUUGGUUUAUUUUGAACCAAAAGACAUAACGAAAGCCGAAGCAGAUGCAGAAGUAGAGGCUUUGAAGAAUAUACGGAGGUAUUUAACUAAAAAUUCCGCUUAUGGAAAAACUGGUCAUCGAGAUACUCACCUUCAGAUGGAUAAUGUUAAAAUUCGUGGUCGAGAAGGAACUCUUCAUUUUAUCAGAUUUCCAACAAGUAAGAUGAGUAACUUCUUAGCUCUUGCUAAAUCAAAAGGAAUGGCGAAUGUGGUGACGACAGUUUGUGCUACUGGAGGUGGAGCUUUUAUGUUUGAGGAAAAUUUUAAAAAAGAAGUUAACAUGAAUCUCGCUAAAUUUGAUGAACUCUAUAGCCUUAUUUGUGGAAUGAUGUUUAUAGAAACAACAAAUCCUCAUGAGUGCUAUUAUUGGGCUGAUCCAACAGAUGAUGAUCUUUGCCGUAAGGUUCCUUAUGAUUUUUCAGAACCAUAUCCAUUUUUGUUAGUAAAUAUUGGAUCUGGAGUAAGUAUUCUUUCUGUUCAUGGCCCAGAUAAUUUUAAAAGAAUAUCAGGAACGAGUUUAGGUGGAGGAACGUUUUUGGGAUUGUGUUGCCUUCUAACUGGUUGUAACAGCUUUGAAGAAGCUAUUGAGCUUGCUACAGGAGGUGAUAACACAAAAGUUGAUAAAUUGGUAAAAGAUAUUUAUGGUGGCGAUUAUGGUCCUUUUAGUCUUCCAGGAGAUCUUGUUGCAAGCAGUUAUCUCCGAUUGUGCAGUUUUGGACAGAUGAACUUGAAAGAUCGCAGAAAUGCUGUCACGAAAGAGGACCUAGCUCGAGCUACUCUUGUUACGAUUACUAACAAUAUUGGAUCAAUCGCCCGGAUGUGUGCGGUUAAUGAAAAAAUCGAACGAGUAGUCUUUGUUGGUAAUUUCUUAAGAGUUAACCCGAUAUCUAUGAAAUUGUUGGCGUAUGCUAUGGAUUAUUGGUCCAAAGGAACUUUAAAAGCUUUAUUCUUAGAACAUGAAGGAUAUUUUGGAGCAGUUGGUUGUCUUCUUCAAUUUAAUGGUGAAAUAAAUUAAAAAAUUUAUUUUCUAGAGGAAAUUUUUAUCAUUCCAAUUAAGUUAUUAAUCAUGUAAAUUUAAACUUUAGAUUAGCUGAUUGUUUUUUUUUUCAUAGAUAGUUUAUCUGUAUAAUUAAAUAAUUAACUAUUUAUUAAUAUUCUUAUUUGAUUAAUUUAUAAUUUUACAUAACAGAAUAUUAAAUAUAGUUAAUCCAUGAUGCUUAUUGUUGGCACAAAAGAAGUAAUAAAUGACACAAAAAUAUUCAAUUUAUAAAAAAUAAUGUAUUUUUAAUUUAUUUUUUCGUAAACUAUUAUUAUUAUAAAUUAUUAUCAAUUGAAAAUUUUAAAAAUAUUUUUGAGAAAAAAAAAGAACAAAAAAACACUUUAAUACGUGAAUCCUGAAGUCUAGUUAGAAAUAAUAUUCUUUAAAGCACAAAGUA